ACUCAGAGACUCAGAGACUCAGAGAGAGAAACAAGACAAUCAAAUUAUUGAGAAAAGAUUGAAAUGGAGAAGAAGCUACCGAAAAGAUUGGAAGGUAAAGUCGCGAUUGUGACGGCUUCGACGCAAGGGAUUGGCUUCGGAAUCAUUGAGCGUUUCGGUCUCGAAGGCGCUUCCGUCGUCGUCUCUUCCCGCAAACAGGCAAAUGUUGACGAGGCGGUAGAGAAACUCAAAUCCAAAGGGAUUGAUGCUUAUGGAAUCGUUUGUCAUGUUUCCAAUGCUCAACAUCGCCGGAAUCUUGUCGAAAAGACUGUUCAGAAAUAUGGGAAGAUAGAUAUUGUGGUCUCUAACGCUGCUGCCAAUCCAUCUACAGACCCGAUCUUGUCCACCAAAGAAACUGUCCUCGACAAGCUAUGGGAAAUCAAUGUCAAAUCAUCUAUACUUCUCCUUCAGGAUAUGGCUCCUCACCUAGAGAAGGGUUCGUCGGUUAUCUUCAUAACUUCCAUUACUGGAUUUCAACCACAAGGAUCCAUGGCUAUGUAUGGGGUCACUAAGACGGCUCUUCUUGGCCUAGUGAAGGCACUUGCUGCUGAGAUGGGACCAGACACACGUGUGAACGCAAUUGCACCCGGUUUUGUGCCCACACACUUUGCUUCUUUCAUUACCGAAAACGCCGAAGUGAGGGGAAGCAUCGAAGAGAAGACUCUGCUUAACAGGUUGGGAACAACUGGAGAUAUGGCUGCUGCUGCGGCUUUCUUAGCAUCAGAUGAUUCUUCUUACAUCACCGGUGAAACCUUGGUUGUUGCUGGAGGAAUGCCCUCAAGACUCUAAACCAAUAUCGAGUCAAGAAUAGCUUAAGAAAAAUGCAAUCAGGGAAACAAGUAAGUAGAGGUCGUUUAAUUAGUUUUCAACCAAAUAAAGUUUUAUGAAAAGAAGAAGUUCCAAUAUUAUCACGAGUCCAUUAGAGACCUUUGUUGGUCUUGUAAAAAACAAUUUCCUCACUAAAAAAGACUCGUUUGGGGUUCAAUUCAGAGUUGGAACAAUAAAGUUUGGGUUUUAUAUGUAUGCAAGUUAUGUAACAUUACGUUUUUAUUGUUUGUUUAGGUUUGCAUUUGUGUUUGUGUUAA